UUUUUUUUUAUAUCUUACUUGUACUUGCUUCGUUGUUUAUGUUAUGUUUUUUUUUUGUUGGGUUGGGUUUCACAGCCACAGAAGCGGAAGUCUAUAUGAAGAAGGAAUCAUCACACACGUUCAUCAUCAUUAUCAUCACACAAAGCUGGUGUUUUGCUUUGCUUUGCUCUGCGUUAUGGAGGCCGCCUUGCUUGGUAUACAUUCUCUGUCUGUCCCCGUUAUGAUGCUUUUGACGAUCUCGCCAUGUUUUGUCUUGUCGUUGUUGUGGUGGUUUAUAUUGCUAUGGACUUGCUUAUAGCGGUGGACGUAUCUUCUCGAGUUUUUCCCCUUUUCCCUGGCUGUAGGUUCACUCAGCCUUUUGAUUUGAAGGGGAUAGCGGAGAGUCACCUAGACCUAUGUGGACAGUAGUAGUUGGGUAGGCUACGGUGCAAGCGUGGUUGGUUAAGGGUAAAGGUAGUUGUGCUCAGGUUGCUUACUUAGUGUCUACCUAGGUCUGUAGUCUAGGGUGUGGGAAAAGAUUAGAGUAGCAGAGCACAUAGUGGGAAAACGGGUGGUUAGAGGUAGUUGUAAUUAUAGUAGAAUCUGUUGUAGCUGGGUGUUAUACUGUGAGGGUAUGGACUGCCUGCCUGCCUGCCUGCCUGCCUGCCUGCCUG